AUGCCGAACCAGUUGAAGAUGUCGGAUGAGGACUUCUGGGAUCAGCUGGAAGCCAAUUGGGAGGAGACAGCCAAUCGGUGCUUGACCAGUGAUGAGGGUCUCACCAGCUCUGCUUAUGACAAGCAGGAGAUAUCCCCCCCACCCCCGGUCACCUUGAUCAACGGAGAGACCUCCACCGGGGGAAUCAUCCUGCCCGCCUCGGCCUCUCUCCGGCACACGGAAACGGACGUGACGCACAGCAAAAGUAAGGCGGGGCUACAAGCAGAGGCUUGUGGGAGCGGCGGAGCGGCACGAAAGGCCAGCAGAAAAACCAAGAAGAAGGAAGGUGGUGCUAAGCGUGCUGCGAGAGCUUCCUCCAAUGUUUUCUCUAACUUUGAACAGACACAGAUUCAAGAAUUUAAGGAAGCUUUCACAUUAAUUGACCAGAAUAGAGAUGGCUUCAUUGAUAAAGAAGACUUAAAAGACACCUAUGCUUCUCUAGGUAAAACAAAUGUCAAAGAUGAGGAGUUAGAAUCCAUGCUUAAAGAAGCCACUGGACCGAUUAAUUUUACAAUGUUUUUGAACCUAUUUGGGGAAAAGUUAAGUGGUACGGACACUGAAGAAACCAUACUAACGGCAUUUAAAAUGUUUGACCCAGAAGCAAAAGGAAAUAUUAACAAGGAUUAUAUCAAACGCUUAAUGAUGUCACAGGGCGACAAGUUUACUGCUGAAGAGAUAGACCAGAUGUUCCAGAGCUCUCCUAUUGAUGCAGCCGGAAACCUGGAUUACAAAGCUCUCUGCUAUACCAUCACACAUGGAGAAGAAAAAGAGUAAAACCUGACAAACGUUUGGCUGUUGCAUCAACAUCUCUCUA